GUGACUUUUGUUCUUCAUUUCCCUCCAAAUCCAAUCACGAGCGAGCAGGCUAUCCUAUUAGUUCGGUCCAAAGAUCUUAUCCCUUAAUUGACUUGUCCUCGUGAUUAAACGCGCGCUCGCUGCCUGCCGUUCCAAUUCGAUCGAUCCAUGGCGGCAUCGGCCUUCUUCUCCAAACCAUGCCUACUCACACUCAUACUGACUCUCUUCCUCCUCGCCUGCUCGCCGGCGACGGCGCGCCGCAUCGCCGGGGACGGCGACACGGAGGCAGACACCGACGGCGAGCAGCUGGCGGCGAUGGAGGCCAGGUUCCAGCGGUGGAAGGCGGAGUACAACCGGACGUACGCCACCGCCGAGGAGGAGCGCCGCCGGCUGCGGGUGUACGCGCGCAACGUGCGGUACAUCGAGGCGACCAACGCGGCGGCGGGGCUCUCGUACGAGCUCGGCGAGACGGCCUACACCGAUCUCACCAACGACGAGUUCGUGGCCAUGUACACGGCACCGCCGCUGCCUGCAGCCGACGACGACGACGACACAGCGAUGACGAUCAUCACCACGCGCGCCGGGCCGGUGGCGGUGGACGGCGGCCAGCCGCCGCAGGUGUACUUCAACGUGUCGGACGGCGCGCCGGCGAGCGUUGACUGGCGGGCGAGCGGCGCGGUGACGGAGGUGAAAGACCAAGGGCAAUGUGGGUCGUGCUGGGCGUUCUCGACGGUGGCGGUGGUGGAGGGGAUACAGAAGAUCCGGAAGGGGGAGCUGGUGUCGCUGUCGGAGCAGGAGCUCGUCGACUGCGACACGCUCGACAGCGGCUGCGACGGCGGCGUCAGCUACCGCGCGCUCGAGUGGAUCGCCGCCAACGGCGGCAUCACCACGCGCGACGACUACCCCUACACGGGCGCCGCCGGCGCCGCCUGCGACAGCGCCAAGCUGGGCCACCACGCCGCCUCCAUCGCCGGCCUCCGCCGCGUGGCCACGCGGAGCGAGCCGUCGCUGGCGAACGCCGUGGCGGGGCAGCCCGUGGCCGUGUCCAUCGAGGCCGGCGGCGACAACUUCCAGCACUACAGGAGUGGCGUGUACGACGGGCCGUGCGGCACGCGGCUGAACCACGGCGUCACCGUGGUCGGCUACGGGCAGGAGGCGACGGCGGACGGCGCCGGCGCCGGCGACAAGUACUGGAUCAUCAAGAACUCGUGGGGGGAGAGCUGGGGCGACCAGGGGUACAUCAAGAUGAAGAAGGACGUCGCCGGCAAGCCGGAAGGCCUCUGCGGCAUCGCCAUCCGGCCGUCCUUCCCGAUCAUGUGAUGUGAAUCAUGUCACCCAACUCGCUCGAUCUCCAUUUGCGAAGUCGCUUUCAAUUCAAUUAGUCAAUAUUUAGGAAAUUAUUUGGGUUGCUGUUGAUCACGUGCACGCUGCACCUACACUACGCUGUUAAUAUUACGUGUAAAACUCUCAAAGCACAUAAUUAAUGUAUUUAUUACAUGUGCAGGUCAGUCUACCAUCUCAUCUCUUUGUAAUUGCUCAG